CGCACGAGGGGGAGGGGCGGGGCGGGGGUUGCGCGGCCUCGGGCCCCUUCCCCGCCGAAGCACGCGCGCCGCAGCGCGGGGCAGGGGCGGGGCGGGGCCUGGGCCGCACGGGUCCGGCCUCUCCCUGGGCCCGCGUGCCCCGCAAAAUGGCGCACGCGUGCCGGGGGCUGCGGAUCCCUGCCCUGGGCUCGGUCUGGCGAGGACACGGUUAGUGACUGAACUGCAGCCAUGUCACUUCCAGCCUGUGGCGUGACCGCCCUUCGCCCGGCCGGGACAUGCUGACAGGCUUCACGUCAGCUUCGUGCCUGCACGUUUUGCAGGGUAAUGUAGGCUCGAGCCCUGGGUAUCCUUUACCGACUUUGUAAGACAAUGUUUUUCUUGUUCCCGACGCUUUGAAGAGGAGAGGAGUAACCUGGGGACCAGCCUGGCAGGCAUCACUUGGACAAAAUCGUUGUUGCACCUUCUGGUGUCUCUCGCCUGAAGUAAGGACUUUGGGUUCGGGUCCAAUUUGUGACCAGCUUCAACAGCACCUUGCAGGCCACUUCGGAUGUGUAGGCACAAUUACAAGGAUAUUUGUCUUGAACGCUGUUUACUUUAAUGAGUUUUCCUCGUCGCUGUAGUUUGAGCAAAAUAUAAGUACGCUUCUUUGAAUGUCUCAAAUGGGAAUGUCUCAAAUCCUCUGGCAGUACACGUACUUAUCUUUGCUGUUUUUAGAAGUGAUCUUCAUUUAUUGGGCAAAGCACUUUCAGUCUCAGCUGGUCUUUCCCACCUGCAUUAAAAAAACACAACAGUUCUUUGUUGAAAGCAAGUGAAGAUUGGAUUUACUGUCACAUGAGAGAGAAAGAUAGCUGCUUCUGCUUUUUGGAGAACAAGUACAGAUUGUGAAGCCUUCGCUGUUGUAUUACUUUGUUCGUGGAAUCAAGUCAGAGGUCCACUAAAAGACUUUUUUGUAUCCGUUGGGGAAGUUAAUCACAAUUUAUGUGAACAAAUGAAAUAGUGUGCUUCUCUCUCUCUCUCUCUCUCUCUCUUAGUAGGGCAGUGUUUUCUGUCUUGUAUACAACUUCAUGCAUUUGAAACAGUGGACAUGAAAUUACAGUUGCAGUUUAUUUUAAUUAAUUUAAAGUAUCUGAGAUAUUAACACCUAGAUUUCUGCAUCUGUAUCGUUUUAUGGACUCAAGUCUUAUUCGGGAAGAGCUCCCACUGCCAUCAGAGGAGAGCUGUGGCUGAAGAAGGAAAGAGAGUGAAAAUUGCCCUCCUCUGCUAGGGAGCUCGAUAUAUUUGGGUCUCCCUUCUUGGUAGGGUCUGUUACGGAAAUGCAAGUAACAAAUAAUCUGUCUUUCACUUUUAAUGAAGGAUUGACAAAUUUUUAUUAGGGCUUAUGUUUCUUUUUGUGUACAAAUUUGGUGCACAGCAAGACAAUAUUUCGUCUGGUUUUAGUUGUUUUUAGAGGGGGGGGGUUUCUUCUUUUCUCAAGUCUGUUUUACAGCUUUAGAGCUUACUAUACAAUUUUUACCAUGACCUUUGCAUUAUUUUUAAGAAAACAUGUACAUCCAUUAGGAAAGCAUAAAAGUGUUCCUAACUGCUUAAAAAUGCUCUUCCAUAAAUCACUAUAGUAUGUAAGCCAGAAAAUUACUAGAGUAUUACUGGAAAAUUACUGGAUUUGUUCAAUUACUGGAUUAAGAAGAUACUGCAAAAGAUAAUAUAUUCGUCGCAUCUACAGUUAUCACACUUUCAAGCUACUUCAGUAUCUGAUUCUCCCUGCUGGUUCAGAAUGGGCCUUUUUUCCAGAAAUUAAAAUGAUACAACUGUUUGGGUUGAUUUAUUGUAUUGAAAAUGUAGGACCCAGCCAUUUCUGAUAGUGCCCAUAUCAAAAAUCAUAAUUUAGUACAUUUUGAGGAUGUUGUUUGAAAGAAAAUAUGUUUAAUGUUGUUCAUCUGCUUGUGACAUUUCUGCACUGAACAGGAAAAUGUUAUUUCCUGUCCCUAGAUACUUUUAUUUCCUUUGUCUCUACAAUAAAAGGGGAAAAGUUCUGUAACAUUUGAUCAGUGCGUUUUUAGGCCAACAAAAACUUCUGAUCCUCCACUUUAUCAGUCUUGGUUACAUGUUGUUGCCCAAAAGAGACGUUUUUAUUAUUUUUAAUCACAGGACAAAUAAUCUAUGAAGUGCCUGUUGUGUCUACCAAUAAAUCAUGCAAGUCAGUGUAAAUUAGUGAACUGUUACUGGCAUAACUACCUAUUUUUGUAGGUGAAAUUGUGUAUAUUAGUAGGUGAAGUUGUGUUUAGUAGGUUAAGUUGUUACUCUUGAAAAACCAAGAAUAACAAAUAUAGAGCAAUUUAUGUAUGUAUAUGAAUUAAGUCCUUUUAUUUUGUGCGAAUGUCUGGGGAGGGGUUAAGUUUAUUUUAAGACUGUCUGCUUAAUUGAAUUUUAAGUGGUGGAUUCUUUUAAAAGCAAAGUUUUACUCCUUUUUAAAGAACUAAAUUCUAGAAGAUCUCACAAGAUCACAUGUUUUGGCUAAGCAUGAUUUUUCUGGCGAUUUUAGCAGAUAACUUAGUAGAAUCAGGAAACCCUCCAGACUGCUCAUUUGUAGUUCAGUGCCUGGAAAUGCUUUUCAUUAUUGUCAGUGAUCAUAAGCAGCUACUUUACUGAAGGUCAAAAUCAUAUAGGCCAUAGAUUAUGUUUUAAUUUUACAGUUAGGAACUGGCUUCAUGUAUUGUCAUAAAUAUAGUUGAUUAGAAGUGCUUUUUUGUUGUUAGUAUUUCAGAAAGCAAAGUUGAACUUACUCCAGCCAUACUAUCAUGACUUGCGUUUCUGGUUUAAACAGAUUUGAGGUUUUUAAAUCAGUUGCUUGAAGCUUUUCCUUGCACAGUGGCUUAGAAGCAGUAUGGCACUUUAUAUAGUAGUACUAGCUCUUUGAGAACAUGGAAGUUGCUAAACACUAUCUGUUUUUUCUGUUAUAAAUUGUCUUAAAUGCAUGAGAAACUGCAACCUUCACUUAUCAUUCUGAAAUUUUUAUGGACAGGGUGGAGGGGGGGUUAGCUUUAAUUUGAAGUAAUAUUUUACAGUGGCCUUUCCUCCUCAUUGAUUCUUCAGUCCUAUUACAGAUUUUAAGUAAAUAUGCCUCAAAACAGUUAUGCUCCAAAUACCAGGGUAGCAAAUUGUUCACGGUAACGCUUAAGUGGUUUGCUCCAGCUAGUUGGAAUUAAUGUUUUAGUAAAUUAUAUUGUGAAGAGAAAAAAAAAGUGUAUUGUGGUACAAGAUUAAAGAAUGUAGUAGUAUUAUACUUAAAUUUUAAUUAGUGACAAUUACAUUUGUUUUCCCCCCCCUUGCCCCUCCUUUACUGUAGUUGUGACAUGGAGAAUAAAGAAACCCUCAGGGGGUUGCAGAAAAUGGAUGACCGCCCAGAAGAGCGCAUGAUCAGGGAGAAACUCAAGGCAACAUGCAUGCCAGCUUGGAAGCAUGAAUGGCUGGAAAAGAGAAGUAGGAGAGGCCCUGUGGUGGUAAAACCAAUCCCAGUGAAAGGAGACUGCUCUGAAACCAGCAAACUAUUGCUAGAACCGCAAGCUGAAGGACAAAGUACUGCUUCUUCACCCACCCAGAAAGGGAGACGAAGCCCUUCUCCUAGUAGCUCCUCCUCAUCAUCAUCUAGAACUGUUAAAUCUGAAUCACCAGGUGUCAGAAGGAAAAGGGUAUCUCCAGUGCCUUUUCAGAGUGGGCGAAUAACUCCACCUCGAAGAGCCCCAUCUCCUGAUGGCUUCUCACCAUAUAGCCCUGAGGAAACAAAUCGUCGUGUUAACAAAGUUAUGCGAGCCAGACUGUACCUGUUGCAGCAGAUAGGACCCAACUCUUUCUUAAUUGGAGGAGACAGCCCAGAUAAUAAAUAUAGAGUGUUUAUUGGGCCUCAGACCUGUAGUUGUGGGCGUGGAACAUUUUGUAUUCAUCUGCUGUUUGUCAUGCUUCGAGUGUUCCAGCUUGAACCCUCAGAUCCAAUGCUGUGGAGAAAGACAUUAAAGAAUUUUGAGGUUGAGAGUUUGUUCCAGAAAUAUCACAGUAGGCGUAGCUCAAGGAUCAAAGCUCCAUCUCGUAACACCAUCCAGAAGUUUGUCUCACGCAUGUCAAAUUCUCAUACAUUGUCAUCAUCUAGUACUUCCACAUCUAGUUCAGAAAACAGUAUGAAGGAUGAAGAAGAACAGAUGUGCCCCAUUUGUUUGCUAGGCAUGUUGGAUGAAGAAAGUCUAACAGUGUGUGAAGAUGGCUGCAGAAACAAGUUACAUCACCAUUGCAUGUCUAUCUGGGCAGAAGAAUGUCGACAAAACAGGGAGCCACUUAUAUGCCCCCUUUGCAGAUCUAAAUGGAGAUCUCAUGAUUUCUAUAGUCAUGAAUUGCCAAGCCCUGGGGAUUCUCCUUCUGUUCUCCGUGUGGUUCAGGAGCAAACUCAGCAGCAGCCUACAGCUGGAUCACAAAGGAGAGCACAGGAUAGCAGUUUUAACCUUACUCAUUAUGGGGUUCAGCAGAUCCCUUCAAUCUAUAAAGAUUUAGCUGAGCCGUGGAUUCAGGUAUUUGGAAUGGAGUUAGUUGGCUGCUUGUUUUCUCGAAACUGGAAUAUACGAGAAAUGGCACUUAGACGUCUUUCCCAUGAUGUUAGUGGUGCUCUGUUACUGGCUAAUGGUGAAAGCACUGGAAAUUCUGGAAGCAGUGGGAACAACACAAGUGCUGGAGCUCUGGGAGCAGCUAGUGGGUCAUCUCAGACCACUAUCUCAGGAGAUGUUGUAGUGGAAUCCUGCUGCAGUGUGCUGUCCAUGGUCUGUGCUGACCCUGUCUACAAAGUGUAUGUUGCUGCUUUAAAAACAUUAAGAGCCAUGCUGGUAUAUACUCCUUGUUAUACUUUGGCAGAGAGGACAAAACUACAGCGACUUCUCAAACCAGUUGUAGAGACCAUAUUAGUUAAAUGUGCAGAUGCCAACAGCCGCACAAGUCAACUUUCAGUUUCAACACUAUUGGAGAUGUGUAAAGGCCAAGCAGGAGAGCUGGCAGUUGGAAGAGAAAUACUUAAAUCUGGGUCUAUUGGUAUUGGUGGUGUCGAUUACGUCUUAAAUUGUAUUCUUGGAACCCAAACUGAAUCGAACAACUGGCAAGCACUCCUUGGGCGUCUUUGUCUUAUAGACAGACUCUUAUUGGAAUUUCCUGGUGAAUUUUACCCCCACAUUCUUAGUGGGGACAUUUUACAAGCUGACACUGUAGUAGACAGGUAUAAGAAGCUGUUGUCCCUCUUGAAAUUCGCCUUGCAGUCGAUUGAUAAUUCCCACUCAAUGGUUGGUAAACUAUCCCGGAGGGUUUUUUUGAGUGCUGCAAGAAUGGUUGCAAGAGUGCCCCAUGUGUUUGUAAAACUGUUAGAAAUGCUGUGUGAGACGAGCUCAACUCAUUACACAAGGAUGCGUCGACGUUUGAUGGCAAUAGCAGAUGAAAUGGAAAUUGCAGAAGCCAUCCAGCUAGGCAUAGAGGAGAUGCAUUCUGUAGAAUGCCGACGUGAUGACUUUAUGCAGCCACCUGUCCCAGAUAACUCUCCAGAAGCAACAGAAAAUAAUACUCCUAACAAUACUAUCCAGUUAUCAGGGAAAAGUGGGAAAGCAUUGCUGAGUGCCAGUCCAGAGGACAUUUCUGAGACACUGGCUGGCAUGUCGGUGGGACUUUCUGUUUCAUCAGUAACCACUGAGCAACCAAAGCCAGCCAUUCAAACGAAAGGCAGACCCCACAGUCAAUGUUUGAACUCUUCUCCCUCAUCCAGUCAUUCCCAAACAUUAUUCCCAACAUUACCCUCUCCCUCAACCCCAUCUGUACCAGCUGGCACUGUAACAGAUGUCUCUAAACUCAGACCUCAGGCAUUCAUUCCCUGCAAAAUACCCUCCAUUUCUCCUCAAACCCAACGGAAACUCUCUCUCCAGAUUCAAAGAAACUGUUUGGAAAAUAAAGAUCCAGAGAAACUUUCCCCAGUUUUUACCCAGGCCAGGCCUAUGCCGUCUAGUCACAUACACAGGCCAAAGCCAUCUCGACCCACCCCAUGUGAAAUGACCAAGCAUGGAGACACCUCAAAAAACAGUAUGACACUUGAUCUGAAGGACAUUUCACAGUGUGAUGGCAAUAGGAACAGCAGUGCAGUUAUACCAAGUGAAGAGUCAGUGUUCACACCAGUGGAGGAAAAGUGCAGUCGGUUGGAUAUUAAUGCGGAGCUCAAUUCUAGUAUUGAGGACCUACUUGAAGCCUCCAUGCCUACAAGUGACGGCACGGUUACGUUCAAGUCUGAAGUUGCUGUUCUUUCUCCUGAGCGAGCAGAAAAUGACAAUACUUAUAAAGAUGAUGUCAAUCAUAAUCAAAAAUGCAAGGAAAAGAUGGAAGCUGAAGAAGAAGAAGCUUUAGCUAUUGCCAUGGCAAUGUCAGCAUCUCAAGAUGCCCUACCAGUAGUUCCUCAACUACAGGUUGAAAAUGGUGAAGAUAUCAUAAUUAUUCAUCAGGAUACACCAGAAACCCUUCCUGGACAUACCAAAGCAAAACACCAUUACAGAGAAGAUGUGGAAUGGCUCAAAGGUCAACAAAUCGGUCUUGGAGCAUUUUCUUCCUGUUAUCAAGCUCAAGAUGUAGGAACUGGGACAUUAAUGGCUGUAAAACAGGUGACGUAUGUCAGGAACACGUCAUCUGAACAGGAAGAGGUAGUCGAAGCACUGAGAGAAGAAAUAAGGAUGAUGAGUCACUUGAACCAUCCUAAUAUCAUUCGAAUGUUGGGUGCUACAUGUGAGAAGAGCAACUACAAUCUCUUUAUAGAGUGGAUGGCAGGGGGAUCAGUUGCUCAUUUGUUAAGUAAAUACGGAGCCUUCAAAGAAUCAGUUGUUAUUAACUACACGGAGCAAUUACUGCGUGGCCUUUCUUACCUCCACGAAAAUCAGAUUAUUCACAGGGAUGUCAAAGGUGCAAAUUUGCUAAUUGACAGCACGGGUCAUAGAUUAAGAAUUGCUGAUUUUGGAGCUGCAGCCAGAUUGGCAUCAAAAGGAACUGGUGCUGGGGAGUUUCAGGGACAGUUGUUGGGAACUAUUGCAUUCAUGGCACCGGAGGUUCUGAGAGGCCAGCAGUACGGUAGAAGCUGUGAUGUAUGGAGUGUGGGCUGCGUUGUUAUAGAAAUGGCUUGUGCUAAACCACCUUGGAAUGCAGAGAAACACUCCAAUCAUCUUGCUUUGAUAUUUAAGAUUGCUAGUGCAACUACUGCUCCAUCAAUCCCCCCACAUCUGUCCCCUGGUUUAAGAGAUGUGACCCUUCGAUGUUUAGAACUUCAGCCUCAGGACAGACCUCCAUCAAGGGAGCUACUGAAACACCCAGUCUUCCGUACUACGUGGUAGCUAAUUAUGUAAAAUGAUAUGCUGAAGAUGCUACUGACUAUAGAAAUACUUGCCUCGCAGUGCAGUUUAGCACAGUGGCUUGGAUUAUUUUGCUGGCCUUAAUUAUACAUCAUGGACUUAAGGCUGGCAGAAGACCUUUACCUAAGUAUGUGAUUGACAAAUCGAAAUCUUUACCGAAGCUCAGUAUGCAAUAUUUCACCAUUUGUGCAGAAAUAUGUAAAUGGUGCCUUUUCAAAGAUCUGGCUCUUAAGUGAACAAGAAAACAUUUUUCUUUAAAUCUGCAUGAUUAUUUAGCAGAUAAGUGAUUUUUAUUUUAUUUGGAGCACUUUUUCAGCAAUAUUAGCAGCUGAGGGGCUCAGGAUCUGUUUAAUAUAGCAAUCACUGUUCCAUUUCACAUCAUGUGGUCAUAAGCAGAGGGUUCUGCAGUUCCAUUCAGUUUUUCAUCACUGGUUAAAAGGAAGUUCUGUAUCUGUUCCUUUGACUUCACAAAGUACAUUCUGAGUGGAGUAACAAAAACAAAUGUUGGUGGAUAAGUUUUCAAACCAUAUUUUGCCGUCAUUAUAGAUGAGCAGGCAGUUGUGGUUCACUGUGCAUUUACUGCUGGCACUGUAAUUUCCUUUUUGAAGUUACGGUUCUAUAUUUUCAUUAUAUUUAACAUUCAGGGAAAGGUGAUCAUUUAAAAUAAAUAAAAAAAUCUUUAGAACUAGGUGCAAACUGUAUGUCACUGAAUAUCUUGUUGAUGCAAGAAUUUUUAAUACAGGUUUGUUUGAAAUCUGGAAUAAAAUAAUAAAAUGCCACCUUCAUUCAGCAAGUCAGUGUUUCAGGCUCUGAUAGUACAGGUUACUUAAAUACAGAAAGCAAGAUUGAUCUUCAUAAAUCAACGCCCAACCCAGGUCAUGCUAAAUCUUAGUUUUUCAGGGUUUGGGGGGGGGGGGUUUGGUUGGUUUUUUUUUUUUGGUUUUUUUUUUUUAAACCUAGUAAUUUCCUUUUGUAAACCAUGUAGACAGGCUUCAUAUAAAGAGCCCCCAUCACAGCUCCCUUGAAAGUCAAAGGGAGAUUUGCCCCUUAAUGUCAAUGGAGACAGAAGCAAGGUCUAAAUCAAGUCUUACUUUGUGACAACACUGUUUUCACAUUCAUUACUGAUACCAAGUUUUUAAAUGCUGUUUUCCUUCUGCCAUACAUCAUCCAUGUACUGAAGCAACUGGUGUUAAUGUAAUUUGGAAAUCUCUUACCAAUAUUGUUUAAGUGUAAUAAGGGUGUUGUUUUUAACAGGAAAUGAUCCUCAAUUUGAAAAGCAAGUUAAGGUAAAAUGUGAAGUAAAGCUUCACCUGUUGUAUGGAACUUUUUUGUUUUUAACAGGUGUUUCCUUUAAAAGUUUUAAAUGGUUUUAAAGACAGGCUUUCAGAUUCUGAUGCAUGGAAUUCUGAAGGAAAAUGGCAGCUGUUCUUUUGCUUUUUAAGGGGGUCUUUUUAAAUGAGUACUGAUUGUUUUAAUUCAUUUUUUUUCAAUAACUGUUCAAGUUUUAACUCUUCAGAAGCCAGUUGAAUUGUUGGACUGAAAUAGAAUUGGUUAUUUUCAAAGACUCAGGACAAACUAAAUAAGCUAUAGUACAUUAAAAAUGUACAACGAUACACAAAUUGGAAAUAAAACAAGUUUAAGAGAAGUUUACAGGAAUGAUAAUGCUCAUAUAAAUAAAAAGCCGUUUCAUUAGAUGUGAAUGUGUAUUUCUUUUUGAAAUGUUACAUUCCUUUUUUAUUUUAUUUUAUUUUUGGAAGUUUGGCAAACUUUGAAGAGUUAAAAGGAAAAAAGUGCCGAAAUGUGAAGUUUGGUAGCUCUGUUUUGUACUUGAUUUUCUUUGUUUUGUUCUGUUUUGUUUUGUUGGGGUUUUUUCCGACCGCUUUAGAAUUUUUCAUGAUUCUAAUAAGAUUGGUUCCAAGUCAUUUUUAUGUGCAAGCUUUAAAGGAUGCACUCUUGCCAAUUUAUGUACUGGAAAAAUAAAUUGUCAGAUUGAUACUGUUUCUGGCAUAAAUGUAAAACUAUAUAAACUGAUGAACCUCAGCUAAUCAGUAUUACUUUAUAGAUCACCAUACCUACCACAUUUCAGACUCAAACUGCCUCUAGAUGUCCAAAUGCAUUUGUUUGAGUUUGUUUGCAUUUCCCUCAGCUUGCUGGUAAUUGUGGUGUUUUUAAAAUGCAGAUGUGAUGUAAUAUUCUUAUUUUCUUUGGAUCAAAGCUGGACUGAAAAUUGUAUUGUGUAAUUAUUUUUGUGUUCUUAAUGUUAUUUGGUACUUAAGUUGUAAAUAACGCCUACUGCUGUUUAUUCCAGUUUCUACUACCUCAGGUGUCCUAUAGAUUUUCUUCUACCAAAGUUCACUUUCACAAUGAAAUUAUAUUUGCUAUGUGACUGAUUCCUAAGACUUCCAGGGCUUAAGGGCUAACUUCUAUUAGCACCUUACUGUGCAAGCAAAUUUUACAGAAAUCUCUGGGUUAAGAAAUUUGGCUUCAUUGUAUCCUUUGUUAUUUUAAAUAUAUCGAGAUAUUUUAAUUAAAAGUUUUUACCCCAUUGAACCAAUUUUAUAUAGUAUAAUUUGUACCUAUUUUGGUGUUUUUUGUCUUUAUAGUAAAUAAAAGUUUUUGAACAAAAGUGUUCUUUUCAUGA